AUGUCUAGUCCUGAGGGCGAGGCCGGCAGCGGCAGCGACGUAGCGUACUGUGUGCCGGGCGGGCAAGUCUUCCAAAGCGUCUACGUACAAGUCCACGGAUACAUCGCAUUGAUCAUAUGUUUACUCGGCUCAGCAGCAAACUCCGUAAACAUCGCCGUCCUUAGCCGAAAAGAGAUGGCUUCUUCCACGAAUUCCAUUCUUACGGGAUUAGCAGUCGCUGAUCUUCUCGUCAUGCUAGACUAUAUACCAUUCGCACUCCAUCUUUACACGAGUAUAGGAUCUCAACACAACAGAAACUCUUACGGAUGGGCUGUUUUCAUCUAUUUUCAUUCGAUCUUCAGUCAGACAUUCCAUACAAUUUCGAUCUGGUUGACAAUCACCCUAGCGGUUUGGAGAUUUAUCGCAAUUAAGUUCCCCCAGAAGAAUCGGACAUUGUGUAACAAAAGGAACACAACCAUAGCUAUAGGCUUAGCGUACGCAGUGUGUCCAAUUUUGUGUCUUCCUUUCUUUUUUGUUAUGAACAUUCAAGAAGUGUACAAAAACCAUAAUCAUAAUGAGACUUUUAAUGAUACGGAAACAAUUAAUAUGACCACCAAUGAUGGUCCCGCAUACGCAGUGAUGAUGACGGAAAACGAAGAUCUCUUGACUGCUAUAUUUUGGAUAUACAGUGUAUUUAUUAAACUUAUACCGUGUGUAGUGUUAUCAAUUUUAAGUGUAUUAUUAAUAUUGAAAAUGAAAUCGAGUGACAGGAGAAGACAAAAACUAUUGAAAAAGUCAAUAAUAACAACAAAUGAGGGUGACAAAGCGCGUCUGAACGAAGACGGUGGUGGGAAGCGAGGGGGUGGCCGCACAGACCGCACGACGAGGAUGCUGGUGGCUCUUCUCGGGCUGUUUCUGGCUACGGAGCUCCCGCAAGCCCUCUUCGGUCUGCUGACAGCCAUCGCUCCUCACCUCUUCCAAAUAUGUUACUAUGCCUUUGGUAAGUGUCAUCCUACUGAUAUUAUAAAUUUGAAUGUUUGGUCCAAGCUAAAACGACUGAACGGGUUUGGAUGA